AUGGAGGGAACUUCAGCAUUGUCGCCGAAGGUGCCAGCAGCAAUGACACCAGCGGCGGUGGCGAUCAUUUCGCGGUGGAUUUUCCUCGGCGUCGUGCCGCUCUAUGCCUCAGAUGUGACGAGAGACCGCCAAAAAGGCUUGCAGAGACUGGGAACUCGCGAUUUGCCCUAA